UAAAUUUGUACACUCAUUUUUCCAUAUUCAGUGUGUUAGUUUGCAUUUAAGUUCUAAAAAUAUAUACAGUUUUAUACAGUCAUUGUUUUUACGAACGAAAUCGUUUGUUAUUUUUAAAUCUUCGCAACUCGGCAAGUGUAAUAAAGGCAGCUACAUGGCUGAUUUGUGGCGGAAUUAUGUGUAAUAAAUGACGUAUGAAUUUCAUUAUCGUAUAUUUUUUUUUUAUUAAAACUGAAAAUGCUCGAAUUUGAAAAGUUUUGUUUGAUUGGGUCUGUUGUUGUUGGGGCAGCAAUCAUUCGCCAAAUAAUUGUGAGUACUGCUGGCGAUAAUAAAUUUAAAAGUAACUAGCUCUGAUUAUUGUUAUCAAGUAAAACAUAUUAAUAUUGCAUUUUGCGCCCAUUUAAAUAGCAACACAAAGUAAAACUUUGGUAUUUCGAAAUAUUUAGUUCCGCAAAUCAAACAUGGCGCUGCACUUGAAACUCUUGGCGAUUGCGCUUUUGUCCUUUUUCGCAACGGCAAAGGGAAUUGAGUCCUCGAUUGUGGCAAAGGACAUUUAUUCUAGUAAUGGGAAAGACUACUCCCAAAAAUUCCUUUGUGGCGAUAAUUUUGAAAAGUGUUUUGGCACCAAAUUGAAAUCAGUGGUCUUUUUGAACAAUAACAAAUUAUACCGAGUGGAAAUUUUUGAUUACAAGUUACCAACAACACUGGAUGACAUUAUGAAGGAAGAAAAGAGUUUGAAAAUGGAAAUAGAUCUAUUGGAAAACAAGUUAAGCCAACAGGGUCGUGAUAUUUAUACAGAUUUGGAGAAAGCAAAUGCGGGGCACGUCGAAAGGGACUUGGAUCUUUCACAGAAAGCGAAGGACGACAAUGAACACUUGGAAUCAGAAUUGACUGAAAACAUGAACCAGAUGAAAUCCGCAUUGCUUAAUAUAUUCAAAACUAAACUAAAUGAUAUGGAUAGAAGAAUUCGUAAGCCGCUUAAAAACGAAACGAAUGCCGAUUUACCAGCUAACUGUGCUGAAGCCCUCGACAUGCAUGCGACCACAGAAAGCGGCAUCUAUACGUUGUACUUACCCGAUUAUAAACUUACACCGUUCAAAGCAUAUUGUCUGGCCGAUCCGAAUGGUGGUCCUGCUUGGACGGUGGUGCAACGACGCAUCAAUGGCACUGAGGACUUCUUUCGUAAUUGGGAUGAUUAUGUGGCCGGUUUUGGUGAUCAAGAACGUGAAUUUUUUAUCGGUCUAGAUAAGUUGAAUGCGCUCACCAAUGAUCAGCCAAAUGAAUUGUGGAUAAAAUUGAAGGAUUUUAAUGAUGAAGAACGUUUUGCAAAAUAUAGCGAUUUUGCCAUUGGCGAUUUGGACACAAAUUAUGCCUUAAAAAAGUUGGACGGUUUCAGUGGCGAUGCUGGUGAUUCGUUGGCGCAGCAAAACGGGUGCGAAUUCUCCACAUACGAUCGUGAUAAUGAUAAUGAUCCAACAAAAAGUUGUGCUAUCACUUAUAACGGUGCUUGGUGGUACAAUCGCUGUCACGACAGCAACUUAAAUGGCCUAUAUAUAUGGGGUGGUGAUUAUGAAUAUUAUCGCGAAGCACAGGGUAUCGAUUGGUUCACUUGGCAUGGACAUCAAUACUCUCUGAAAUAUGUGCAUAUGGCCAUUAGGCCGAAAGCUAUUGAUAUUGGAAAUGACGCAUAAAGAUUUGGUGAGAGGGAUCUAACUGUAUCAAGCCCACUGCAGCAUUGCCAAAAUGUAACCAUUAACAUUUUUAAUAUUUACGCGAGCUAACAGAAUUAUAAACGUAUUUUUAUAAAAGACAAUUAAAAACAUUUUUCAUUAUGGUUGAGGCUUAAAUGGGUAAUUCUGUUCUAAUCACGGGAACCCGGGGGCAACUUUAGGAAGUUUCUCCAUACUGCCUAGCAAACCGAAUUGAUUCUCAGUAGUUCUUAUAGAUGUUUAAAAAGUGAGCUGAAAAUUACAUAUCAAUUAAAGAAAACCACA